AUGGACGCUACGUCGACAUCCCCCGCUACGAGCCACGCCGACAUCAUGACAGCUAAUACUGAAGUGAUGGGUGCUCCCGCACCAGACACACUGUCCCCCGGGAAGGGAAAAGGCACUGCAUCACAGAAGACACUUCCCAACAGGACCCAAAGCCCAGAGAUAUCCACCACAGAGGGCCAAAGCGGACCUGAGGGAUCAGAUAUUAGCCAGAGGCCAGGCAGCGAGCCCACAGAGCCGGGCUUCACCCCAACGCAGUGCCUCUUCUGCAACGCCGCCUCGCCAGAUUUUGAGUCCAACUUGUCCCAUAUGAGCAGGAACCACUCUCUCUUCAUCCCGGCCGCCAUCGACAACGGUUCGCUCGCGCUCGCGGUCGACCUCGAGACCCUCGUGCGAUACAUGCACCUCGUGGUAUACACCUACCACGAGUGCCUCCUCUGCCACACGCGGAGGCAGACCCCGCGCGCGUUGCAGCAGCACAUGACGGGCAAGGGCCACUGCCGGGUCGAUCUCGAGGACGGCGAGAGCGAGUUCCGCGAUUUCUACGAGAUGCCCAGAGUGGGCAGGGGUGAGGGUGAUUCCUCCGGCGAGGAGACACCCGGCUCCGAGGACGAGGAUGCGGAGGAGGCAGACGCAUCGCUGGCAAAUGACGCGCCGCCUCUCCGGCUUCGGGAGGGCAGUCUACUCCUCCCCUCGGGCAAGGUCCUCUCGCAUCGCUCAGCACCGGCCCCGAAGCACCACCGCCCGCUUGCCGAGACGGAAAAGCCCACCCGCCGUAGCGCCCUCGCCGCGGCAUCUUCUCAACCCGAAUCACCGACCCCACCAAGCGAGGACAGAGCAGGCCCCUCGGAGCCCACCGCGGAAGCCCCGGCGGCGGACACCGGCCGAGCGCUGACGCGGCUGGAGCGCCGCGCCGAGGCCAACAGCCGGUCCACUCUCUCGUUGGCGAUGGCGAGGAUGUCGCUUGGCGACCGCGCGGCGCUGGCUCACCUUCCAGCGGCGGAGCAGCGCGCUGUAGUGCUGAGGCAGUUCAAGCAGCAGGACAGGGCGCGACACGAGUCGCGCAGAUUCUGGAGUAAGGUCGAGCUGCGCGGCAACAAGACCGCGAAGAAGAUGGAGCGCAAGAACAAUAGCUUGCUCAUGAAGCACUUUGUUUCUGACGUGCCCGGGCCGAAGCUGGGCUGA